AUGUCCGCACAGCAGCAGCAGUUGACAGUCAACUUUACAGUGAACAACCAUCAUCCAGCAAAUGUGGAUGGUGGUACAAAAGCAAAGCAUCCCAACAGCGACGAGCCCAUUGUCAAUGGAUUCUAUUGUCAUGCAUGCGAUACUGAAGUAGAAACAUUCUUGACCGAAUCAUACACUUUGGUCUGCAAGCAAUGCAUGUCAUCCUUUAUUGAAGUGAUGGCUGCACCUGCACCUCCUCCAGCAGCAUCUUCAUCAUCAGCCUCUCAUUCGGAUGCACAACAACGUAACAAUACGAAAAGUGAAACGUCGAAAAUCACUUUCCAGCAUCCCAUGGAAACCAAGUCGGCUGUCAAUGUAUCCUAUACUACGCAAUCAGAUGAUACCUUUCAAGUGCAAAUAUCACCUGCUAUGCCCCAAGAAACGAAACCAUCCUCCUCCUCCUCAGCCGCAACUGCGAUACAACCUACUAGUACUACUACAGGUCAACGUCAAUCCUGGUUUUCAUCCUUGUUCAGUCGACGUGCGCGUAAAACGGAUACACCUACAGCUGGGCGUGCAAGUACAUUUAUCACUGUUUUCGCUGGCAAGAACAAGUCGUCGCCUUACAGUGGUUCGGAAAAAUUUGCGGCGUCCACGACAUGUUUUGAAGAGAAUGACGAAGAAUGUCCCAUUUGCCAAGAUGAGCUGUUUGUCAAGGGCAAGGAAACGUUGCGGUUGACGUGUCGCCAUGCUUUCCAUCGUGAAUGUAUCCAAGGAUGGCUCGAUCGUAGCAGCACGUGCCCUUAUUGUCGUCAAACUGUAUCCAUUGCUACGUUGCCUUGA